UGGGGGGGGAGGCCGGGGUGGUGGUUCGGGCAGCCCGCUCUAUUGGGGCACGUGGUGCAAUCCGCGACCCCCUGCGUCGACCCGCGCUGCACACACGAGGAGAGACGAGAGAGGAGUCACGGAGGCUGCUGCUGCUGCUGCGGGGUGCCCGUAGGGAUCCCUUGACCCCCUGACUGGGGUCCCACAGUACAAGGGGUUCGGGACCCCCCCCCCCCUCCCUGGAGGUGAUCCUGGGGGGCGGAGGCGAGGGAGGCGGGGGAGGGGAGGGGCCACGGAGGCGCGGAGAGCGGAGAUGGGUACCCGGUGGCGGUCGAGGGCUCAUUCGUGGGCCCAGUCCCUCCUCUUCCUCCUCCUCCUCGCCCUCCUCUGCGCCCCGGGGGCCCCACGCUCGGAGUCCCGCUCCUGCAGAGGCGAGGUGCGACCCGCAAAUGCAAUGGAACGUGGCUCUGGAUGCGGAUCGGGAGAGGAGAUACGCGGAGACGCAGUGGGAGCGGGCGUGGAAGAUGGAGAGAAGGCCGGAUCAGUGACGGGGUCUCCUUCUCCUCGUCACCAUCGUCAGCAGCAGCAGCAACGUCGUCAUCGUUGUCGGUGUAGUUAUCAUCAUCAUCGUGGCCAUCAGCAAAAUUAUCAUAAUCACUGUAAUCAUUAUCAGCAUUGCAAUCAAAGCAGAUUUCAGCACCACCAUCACCACCCAAAUAACAGUUUUUAUACAAAAUACCAAAAUGCAACACUUAAUCAUCAUCAUCAUCAUUACCACCACCACCACCAUCGUAAUCAGAAUCAUCACCAGCCCCACCACCACCAAAAUGCUUCCAACGCAAUGACUAACGACCUGAAUCAACCCCACCGCCACCAUCAUCAUCGCCAUCACCGCCACCACCACCGCCAUCAUCACCAUCGUCUCCACCACCAUCACCGUCACCACCACGGUCUCCACAAUCACCGCGGGACACGCGCGAGGCGCCAGGCCCCCUUCCCGUGGCGUCCAGCUCGGCCGUCCGGCACCCUUGCGCCGUGGCAGCCCCCCAAACGCUGGAGGGCGGAAGAAGGCCCCCCUCAAUCGGACCCCUAUGCACCCCACGACCCCCUAGACGCCGACGCCGGCUCGUAUUCCGAGGAUCGUGGUGCGAACUUUAGCGGCUUCAACUGGUCCAUCGUGUGGGGGCCAACGCUGCCGGAUGAGGAGGUCACGCCUCGCGCCCCGUACCCGGGGCCCCGAUGGGGGCUAGGGCUCCAGCCGACGCAGGAAACCUGGUGGGAGCUGCCGAUGGUCCCGACUCUAAGUUCCACUCCGGGCUGGGCGACGGAGGAUAGGGUCCGCUCUCUCUACACCACGGCGCCUUACUCGUCCACCUCGUCGUCCACCUCGUCGUCCACCUCGUCGCCGACACUGUCGCCCGCAUCGACUUUCGCGGCGGCGUCGUCAUCAUCCGCGACCCCGGCGGGCGCCGUGAGGGGGACCCAGGAGCCCGGGGCCGGGACGAGGCGCGUGGAGCAGCCGAGCCGGGCGGGCGCCGGGUACAUGGAGGGGGGAGGCCUCACAUCGCGGCAGAGCAUCGCCCUCGUGGCUGUCGUUCUCAGCAUCGCUCUCGUCGCCUCCCUGGCUCUGCGUAUCCGCUGGGUCCGAAUCCGGCGCCGCCGCCGGACGCUGGCCCCGCGUGGUCCGGGCUUCGCGGGGGGGCGCCCCCACCCCCACCCGUGCGGAUACGACCUCGACCUCGACCCCGACCUCGACCUCCUCGACCCGUGCGCCCCCCGCGUCUCCUCGGGCUCCCCGUCCUGCGACAGCGGCAGGGGCCUCUGCCCCCACGCUCUGCCCCCGCUUUCGCUGCCCCUGCCCCCUUCCCUGUCGCUGCCCCUCAUGACCCCGCGGCGACCCCUCGCGCUCGACCUGAACCUGACCCCGCCGGAGCCUGGCUCGUACCCCGCACCGGGCCCGCCACGCUUCUCCCUCUACGGCCUGACCCCGAACGCCACCCCGGUGCCGACGCCCGCCACGCUGACCCCGACGCCGCUGGGCGGCUCCGGCGGGAGCUCCGCGGCGGGGAUGCAGAGCGGGGGGCCCUCGCUGUCCCCCCACUCCCCGCACUCGCUACUGCUGAGCGCCGCUGCGCUGGCCGCAGGCGAGUGUCCGUCGCCUGGCACUGCUGCGGCGCUGCACCUCAACCAGCUGAUGUGCCUGCACUGCUCCCCCGUGCAGCAGCAGCAGCAGUUUCAGCAGUUGCAGCAGCAGCACAUGCAGCAGCAGAUGCAGCAGCAGCAUCAGCAGCAGCAACUGAUGAUUAUGAUGCAGCAGCAGCAGCAACAACAGCAGCAGCGGCAUUCACCCAUGAAUGAAUUCAUGGCGGUGUCAGAUGCGAGAUUACACCCGCCUGGAUUAGGCACUCCACCUCUCCACAUGCAGAAACAUCAGCAGCAGCAGCAGCUUCAGCAGCAGCAGCAGCAACUUCAGCAGCAGCAACAACUUCAGCAGCAGCAGCAGCAGCAACUUCAGCAGCAGCAGCAACUUCAGCAGCAGCAGCAACUUCAGCAACAGCAGCAACUUCAGCAACAGCAACAACUUCAGCAACUUCAGCAGCAGCAACAGCAGCAGCAACAUCAGCAGCAGCACAGCAUCGCUCUGCUCUCCUCCUCGUCAUCCCCGUCUCCCGUGGUCGUGUCUACGCGUCGCUCCUCUUCCUCCGACUACGUCAACCUGCCGAGACUCCGCGGCUCCCCGAGCCAGGGUUUCGGGGUGCUCUACACCCCGCCAGGACCCCAGCCGUUCCCCAACGCCCUGCCACCACCGCCGCCGCCCCCAAAGUCGUGGUACGCGGGGGGCAGGCUGAGGCCCGGGGAAGCGAGCCGGGUUCGGCCUCUGUCGAGGGGCUUCUCCGAGCCGCGCACCUCGGGAUCGCAAGUGCCCGAGGUGACCCCCUGCUCACCGGCGUCGGAACGGGGACUUCACUCUCACGAGUGGAACUCCCCCUCGAGGGAGGCGGUAAACUUUCAACACCAUCACCACCAUCAUCGUCAGCGCCAGCAGCAGCAGCAUCAGCAGCAUCAGCAGAAGCUUCACCAGCAACGACUGCUUGAACAGCAGCAGCAGCAGUAUCAGCAGCAUCAUUAUCAUCAUCAGCAGCAGCAGCAACAACAUCGCUACCCGGAGCACCACUCGCCCAAAGACGUCCCUGCCCUCCGAAUGGGCAGUAACGGGGGCAUCUCGGCACCCCCUGCCCGCACCGCGGGAUUCCUCACCGAGUGCGAGGUGUUGGUGCACAGGGGGGCCGACGCCCAAGCGGGGGGCUCCAGUCCAGCCGUGAGCCCCCCACCUGAACCACAGCAGCAGCAGCCAACGCAGCAGCAGCAGGUGACCUCCACGGGACCCCAGGGCCCCGCUCUACGUCGGGGGAGGAGCAGGAGCCGACAGACGUCGCCUGGGAGGGGACCCGGGGCCCGGGGGUCCAGCCCGGCCACUGCGCUCCCCCCCGUGCCCAGCCCCCGCGCCUGCAGCUCCGCCUCGUCGCGUUUCUCCUACAGAGGCGACUGCGGCUUGCAGAGGUGGAACUCCACCGCCAGCUGCUCCCCCAGCACGCGCUCUGCCUCCCUCUGCAGAAUGACGGCCGUGUGAGGGGCCACGGGGUGGGGUACGGGACCCCCCCUAGACCCCAGCGAGAUACACGGACCCACCUAGACCUCAGCAAGUUACACGGACCCCCCCCCCCCUAGACCCCAGCGAGAUACACGGACCCACCUAGACCUCAGCAAGUUACACGGACCCCCCCCCCCCCCCUAGACC